AUUUUGCUCCUUCAUGGGCUGGGAGAGGGUUCUGCCCUCCUUCAUCCUGACAGCAGAUCCCAUCCCAGAUCCUUAGAGAAAAGUGCCUGGAGGGCUUUCAAGGAAUCACAGUGCCAUCACAUGCUCAAACAUCUCCACAAUGGCGCCAGGAUCACUGUGCAGAUGCCACCAGCGAUCGAGGGCCACUGGGUGUCCACUGGCUGUGAAGUGAGGUCGGGCCCAGAGUUCAUCACAAGGUCCUACAGAUUCUACCACAACAACACCUUCAAGGCCUACCAGUUCUAUUAUGGCGGCAACAGGUGCACGAGCCCCACCUACACCCUCGUCAUCCGGGGCAAGGUCCGCCUGCGCCAGGCCUCCUGGAUCAUCCGCGGGGGCACUGAGGCUGACUACCAGCUGCACAAUGUGCAGGUCGUCUGCCACACGGAGGCCGUCGCCGAGAGGCUCAGCCAGCUGGUGAACCGCACGUGCCCCGGCUUCGUGCCGGCCGGGGGCCCCUGGGUGCAGGACGUGCCCUACGACCUGUGGCGAGAAGAGAAUGGCUGCGAGUGCACCAAGGCCGUGAACUUCGCCAUGCACGAGCUGCAGCUCAUCCGCGUGGAGAAGCAGUACCUCCAGCACAACCUGGACCGCCUGGUGGAGGAGCUCUUCCUCGGGGACAUCCACACCGACGCCUCGCAGAGGAUGUUCUAUCGGCCGUCCAGUUACCAGCCCCCGCUGCAGAAUGCCAAGAACCACGACCACGCCUGCAUAGCCUGCCGCAUCAUCCACCGGUCAGAUGAGCACCGCCCGCCGCUCCUGCCCCCCAAGGCUGACCUGACUGUCGGGCUGCACGGCGAGUGGGUGAGCCAGCGCUGCGAGGUGCGGCCCGAGGUCCUCUUUCUCACGCGCCACUUCAUCUUCCACGACAACAAUAACACCUGGGAAGGGCAUUACUACCACUACUCCGACCCCGUCUGCAAGCACCCCACCUUCACCAUCUACGCCAAGGGCCGCUACAGCCGGGGCGUGCACUCCUCCAGGGUCAUGGGAGGAACUGAGUUUGUGUUCAAAGUGAACCACAUGAAGGUCACCCCCAUGGAUGCGGCCACAGCCUCGCUCCUCAACGUCUUCAAUGGGAACGAGUGUGGGGCCGAGGGCUCCUGGCAGGUGGGCGUCCAGCAGGACGUGACCCACACCAACGGCUGUGUGGCGCUGGGGAUCAAGCUACCUCACACCGAAUACGAGAUCUUCAAAAUGGAGCAGGAUGCCCGCGGCCGCUAUCUGCUGUUCAACGGCCAGAGGCCCAGCGACGGGUCCAGUCCGGACAGGCCUGAGAAGAGAGCCACCUCCUAUCAGAUGCCCUUAGUCCAGUGUGCGUCUUCUGCGCCCAGAGCCGAGGACUUCUCCGAGGACCACCGGGGUCACCAGUAUGGGAGCCGGGCGCCAGGGAGGAGCGCUUGUCCCCUGCUCCUGGCCACGCUUGCUGGCCUUUUGACUCUCCUGCAGUGGCACGUCCUCAGAUAG